AUGAUUGAGGGUGCGGCGCCGCUACCGAAUGAGCCACGCGGGCAAGGAGAAAGCGCACGCCCGAUUGCAUACAUAAAGGCGAGGACGACAGCUGUACGCAGAGUGACAUUAAGCGUUGUACACCGUGACGAAUAUGGUUUGGAUAUCAAAUCAACACUAGGUAUUUUUCAAAUGUUGUUAAGUAUCAUUAGUACGUUUAUUUAUAUAAUUGCAUGGAACUAUAACGUUGAAAGAGUUGCGAAAAUUCUUCACAAAAUUUCAAUACUUGUGACCGUUUCACAUAUAUUUUUGGUUUUGUAUGUAACUUUGUUGUUUGGAUUAGAAUGGAAAUAUCAUGUCCAAAGAACAGUGAUUUUCAAAGUGGGUCUUAAGUUUGCAUACGCUUGUCUGGCAUUCAUUUUUUUGCAAAGUAUAAUAUUUCCGGAUUUAUAUGUAUUCUUGGCGUGGAUGCUUGCUAUUCAAAGAUUUGUUCUUCUAAUUUUUCCUGAUUUGAAAAACCUGGUGAAGUUCAGAAGUCGGUUUUUCAAAUUGAUAAUAUUGCUUCUGACUAUCAGCGCCAUGCUUACAAAAUUUGCAUUUCCAUGUGAGUUGAAUGAUUUCAAACCAUUCGAACAUUAUAUUUCUUCAGUCAUCUGCCGAAUAAAUCGAUAUAAAAAUAGAGGAAUUUGUGUUCUCAGCGAUUUAAAUUUAUCAUUCAUAUUUGCAUACUUUUUAACCUGUGUUAGCUUACUUCUAUACCUCUACAUCUUAUUAUUCCUCAAGAAUAUCCCAGAACAGAAUACGGUUUUUACAUUUAUCUUACUACAAACACUAGUGUUAUUUUUUUCGAAAUCUAUAAUUCUCGGCACAAUUAUUUUCGAUAGAUUUGGAUUAGUGGACACAAAAUUUGGAGCUCCUCUUCAUUCCCUCCUAGAGCUUGUGUUCCUUCCAUUGAACAUCAAUUUUUCUUACAUAUUUGCUAAUCGGAAAAGUUUAGGAUUAACAAAUUGGAUUGCGAAAGUUUAUCAGUUUUUAUAA